GAGCUAUUGAAGCAGUUGGCAAACAGAGGCACCGUUGUGCCCAGCGGCAGGGAACGUUCUGAAAUAUUCCUAUCGGAAAAGUCUGUAGUCUGAGCGGUGAAAAAUCGGAGAAUAUGAAACCAAGGACCAAGGACAGCGACUCCAGAAUAGACAUUCUAAUGAAGCUUCACGCCCAAAACGUCUAUGAAUUUAAACGACACGCCGUUGAACAGGAGUUGCUGAAGCAAGAUCACUACCGCUCCAUGUUUCAUAUCAAGAAGGGGAUAAGAACUGUUGAAAUGACGUUAAGGGAUAUAAAAAUGAUUAGUGGGUAUUGUCACCAAACGGAAACUCUCAAGGAGAAACCAAAAGAAGCCUUUCCAAAUCUGAGCCUCGGAAAUAGUUUGAGAGAUUUCCGCAAAGGUAACCAAGAAGAAAUUAAUUCGAUUCUGAACUUGAAUGGUAAGUGUACCACCUCACUACCGAACAUUCGUCUGGACCACACCAAAGGAAAUGCAAAUGGUGAGCAGAAAAUCGCAUCUUCUUUGGGGGGGCCUUUUCGUGCCACGGCAUUCAGCGCAGGAGUGAUAUGUGGUUUCCCUUCAGAAAGUGGAGUAAUCGAUGUAUCUAUCUCCCCUUUGUUGCAUUGUAACAAAAUCCGUUCCAAAUCAGGCAUUACAGUAAUCGACGACCAUAGGACUGGGAUCAACGGAAAUGGGCCGCUAUCUCAGUUCUCGGAGUCGCGCGGCUCAGCCUUUGGUACCAAGGACAACACCCGCACCCGCGUCACAACAGCCAUGUCCAAGACUGCCAUAAAGGAAGGCCUGAGAGAGUUGGUCCUGGAGUACAAAAGACAAAGGACUCUGAGGUAUAUUGAAAAACAAAAAGUAUUACCAGAAAAAGUGUCUGCUUUUAUUAAUGGACUCUAGCAGAAGAAGAUUAAUGGAUACUCGGCAGAAUUUAUUAAUUAGCGGAAUUUAAUUAUGAUUUAUUAAUGGAUAGUUAGCAGAAGAAGAACACGGGAGGUUCUUCAUGGAUAGAUUUUACGCAUGGGCUAGAAGGUGUCCAUAACCAUUUAGGUUAAGACAUAAACGCCAGUGUUUUUAGCUUCACUAUAGCAGGAUAUUAUUCAACAAGAUAGGUGCAUUUAAUAUUUUACAACAGACUAUAAAGUCAAAUUAUUCAAGGAAACAAGCACUGAGUGGCCAAGUGCGAACAAUAGAGCGUUCUGCGUAAUGACCCGCGUUCACGUACGUAACAAUGCUCAGGAAUGUAUCAAUUCUAAAAAUGUUGAACAGCAAAGUUUGUACUUGAGGGGAAGGCGAGUGUCCGACACACAACAAUGUCGGAUAGCGACGAAGACCACCCCGAAGGCGCGGAUAACGUUUUUCUCAACCUGGUCGCGCGGGUCAUCCGGAAACCCCUCUACCGGUUUCCAGGGCAGUGGGGUCACGAGACCUACGAGCCACGGAUCUACAGAAGUCUGGGUACCAUCCUACGGAACGCGACCUCGGAAGAAUUCGAUGCUUUUAUAAUGGACUUUAUUGAUUUUGCGCGGACGGCUCAUGCGCGCCUGGACAUGCAGUUCUACAUGGAGUUCAUUAACGUGUGCACCAAUACCAUCCUGCACUGGGUGUUUGCGCGCAGGCGCAGCGCCGACAUAGUCCGGAAGCUGAUGGAGAGGACGUCGGUGUUUCUGCAGGACCAGACUAACAACCUGGCCAUAGCAUGGAGGUGUUUCACACCCAUCUACAGCCCCAGCCCCAUGGGCGGGGUGACCCCACUGAUGUUCGUGGCCCAGAACAGGCAGUGUGAAGUGCUGAAGGUGUUGUUGCAGUAUGGGAUGCUGGAGAAGGAGAGGAGACCCACCUACAUCAUCAUCUCUGUCCUGUUUAACCCCCCGAGACUGGAGGCGCUGGAUGAACGCUGUCACGCCACCGUUACCAGGGAACUCAGGGACUGUAUGGCUCUCUGCUUCAGGGUGCUCAGCCAUGUAUCCAUGUCUGAUAUAGAGAUGCAGAUUGUGUACGGUCGUAAGCCCCUGAUUGAAGACUGGCGAGACCACAUCCCCCCAAGUCGCUACAAGGACCCCUGUGAACUGACCCACCUCUGUCGUAUGGUGGUUCGGACCUCUCUGCUGGCCAGGGGCCGUUUACCAGACGGCAUCAAGUCGCUACCACUCCCUACACUCCUCCAAGGCUACCUCAACCUGGAGAGCUGAGCUGGCUAUGGGGCUUGGAAUUUUACCUGGUCUUUGUGAAGUCAUGUGGUCUGGGAAAAACUCCUGGCUCCGCUAUUAAAACAACCAGGAGGAUGGAGUUUCUCUGUCUGUUAAUAAAGUGGAGAUCAAAUCAAAUCAGUGGAGAUCAAAUCAAAUCAGUGGAGAUCAAAUCAAAUCAGUGGAGAUCAAAUCAAAUCAGAUUAAAUCAAAGCUAAGCAGAUCAAAGCUAAGCAGAUCAAAGCAGAUCAAAUCUAAGCAGAUCAAAGCUAAGCAGAUCAAAUCUAAGCAGAUCAAAGCUAAGCAGAUCAAAGCUAAGCAGAUCAAAGCUAAGCAGAUCAAAGCUAAGCAGAUCAAAGCUAAGCAGAUCAAAGCUAAGAAGCAGAUCAAAGCUAAGCAGAUCAAAGCUAAGCAGAUCAAAGCUAAGCAGAUCAAAGCUAAGCAGAUCAAAGCUAAGAAGCAGAUCAAAGCUAAGCAGAUCAAAGCUAAGCAGAUCAAAGCUAAGCAGAUCAAAGCUAAGCAGAUCAAAGCUAAGAAGCAGAUCAAAGCUAAGCAGAUCAAAGCUAAGCAGAUCAAAGCUAAGCAGAUCAAAGCUAAGCAGAUCAAAUCUAAGCAGAUCAAAGCUAAGCAGAUCAAAGUGUGUUUUAUGAGUCCCUUUUAACAUCAGUCACAAAGUGCUUUACCCCACUUAAACCGUAAAGAGCAGAAGCAGAAAAAACUGUCUAGAAAGAAGAAGAAACCUGUAGGGAGAGGAACCCCCGAGGAACCCAUCCUCUAUUGGCUGGACUGGUUAUGUGGCCAUUACAAGUUCCUGGGUGUCCACAUCACCAGGAAACUAUCGUGAUCCAAACACACCAACACAGUCGUGAAGAAGUCACGACAAAACCUCUUUCCCCCCCUCAGGAGGCUGAAAAGAUGUGUCAUGGGCCCUCAGAUCCUUAAAAAGUUCUACAGCUGCACCAUCGAGAGCAUCUUGACUGGCUGCAUCGCC